UGGGUCCCGCGCAGCCCGGGAGCUGCGGGCGCAGUGCACGCUCUGCCGCCGCCGGAUCCGGACCGCAGCCGCGAUGCCGGGCAGCUCGAGACAGUCCGGUCGGGAGGCCGGCUCGGCCCUGCUCUCGCUGCAGCAGGAAGACCAGGAGAAUGUCAACCCGGAGAAGGUGGCGCCAGCCCAGCAGCCGCGGGCGCAGGCAGCGAUGAAGGCCGGGAACGCGCGGGGAUCCGCGCCGCAGCAGAGACUCAAGACUCGGCGGGUUGCGCCUCUUAAGGACCUUUCUAUAAACGAUGAUCAUGUCGCUGCGGUUCCUUCGUGGAAAGCAAACAGUAAACAGCCAGCCUUCACCAUUCACGUGGAUGAUGAAGCCGAUGAGACUAAGAAGCCGCCAGCUGAGCAUAAAGCAACACAGUGCGAAGAUGCCCUGGCUUUUAAUACAGCUGUCUCUUUACCAGGAGCGAGAAAACCACUGGUACCUCUCGAUUAUCCAAUGGAUGGUAGUUUUGAUUCACCACAUGCUAUGGAUAUGUCUAUCGUCUUAGAAGACGAAAAGCCAGUGAGUGUUAAUGAAGUGCCCGAUUAUCAUGAAGAUAUUCACACGUACCUCAGGGAAAUGGAGAUUAAAUGUAAACCUAAAGUGGGUUACAUGAAGAAGCAGCCGGACAUCACCAACAGCAUGCGCGCCAUCCUCGUGGACUGGCUAGUUGAAGUGGGAGAAGAGUACAAGCUGCAGAACGAGACCCUGCAUCUGGCCGUGAACUACAUCGAUCGCUUCCUCUCCUCCAUGUCUGUGUUACGAGGAAAGCUUCAGCUCGUGGGCACUGCUGCUAUGCUGCUAGCCUCAAAAUUUGAAGAAAUAUACCCGCCAGAAGUAGCAGAGUUUGUGUAUAUUACAGACGAUACCUAUUCCAAGAAGCAGGUUCUGAGAAUGGAGCACCUCGUCUUAAAAGUCCUUGCUUUCGACUUAGCUGCACCAACAGUAAAUCAGUUCCUUACACAAUACUUUCUGCACCAGCAGCCUGCAAACUGCAAAGUUGAAAGCCUAGCGAUGUUUUUGGGAGAAUUGAGUUUGAUAGAUGCUGACCCCUACCUAAAGUAUUUGCCGUCACUUAUUGCUGGAGCUGCCUUUCACUUAGCACUCUAUACAGUCACAGGACAAAGCUGGCCGGAGUCAUUGGCACAGAAGACUGGAUAUACCCUGGAAAGUCUGAAGCCUUGUCUCAUGGACCUUCACCAGACCUACCUCAAAGCACCACAGCAUGCCCAACAGUCCAUAAGGGAAAAGUACAAACACUCAAAGUAUCAUGGCGUAUCUCUUCUCAACCCACCAGAGACACUAAAUGUCUGAGAGUGAAAAGACUAC